CUCCCCUCUAAUAAAGAGGUCUGGGCAGGUGAUUACGGGCUAAGGCUCUGAAUCAAUCCAGCCGUGUUUGCUGAGUGCCUGGGUUGCAGUGAGCCUGGUGCUAGAUGCCAGGGGUGCCGCAGCCCGCAGGACAGACGGGGUUCCUGCCCUGAUGGCGCUUUUCGUGGAGUGUAAAACAGACACUACCGAGAAGUUCAGCCUGAAGGAGCGGGACACCGCGGUGGCACGGAACCUGGAGCAGGAGGCGUGGCCUCGUCUUCGGAACAGCGCACACCGCUUUGAAUAAGUGACACUUGAUUUGAGACUUGGAAGUGCUGGAAUGCAGGCUUUUUGAGGUUACGACCACUGACAAAUGCCGAUUAAUGUUCUUUAUUGCGAAAUUUCUGAAGCUUAUGGGCAAGACCAGAGAAGCAGAAGGGUUAUUCUUGAGGGUCGAGAACAUGCUGAUGCAGAGUCAGUCCUUGACAGAGAUGCUUCUCGAAGUACAGAACACUACUGGAGAACUCUACCUUGAAAUAGGGAUGACUGAGGAGGGCUUCCACUGUUUCCAGAAAGCGUGGUCCAACCUGAUGGAGUUCUCAACCAGCGCCAUAAAAGACAAGCAGGACUUCGUGAGGCAGAAAGGCAGAGUGCUGAACAACCUGGCAAAGUCAGCAACUGAGAAGUACUUAAAAGAAAAUCGCAUUUUGGAAUGUGCUGCUGAAAUUUCCAGCUUACUGGACAACAACCCCCGUGAUCAGGCUACCAUGAAAUACACCGAAGGUGUUCUGAUGUAA